CUUCGUGUCGUUAGUAUAAUCCUAACCGCUGAUGAACGAGAACCUUAGGCGCUCUCCUUUCGCCGGCUUUCGUCGUAUAUACUGCGGGAAAAAAUCAUAUACAAAAAUCAUUGAAUCAUAGUGUACCUCCGUGCAGUUGUUUAUCGACCAAUCACCACAGUGCAGGAUCAUGAGGAUUAUUUAACUUUUUUUUUUCAGAUGGGUGGAUAAAAGGAUCGCAAGAUGAAAAACCACCACGUCAAAAACAGGAGGCACGACGAAGGCUGUUGUUCCACAAAUUUGUCCAAAAACUUCUUCCAUGUCUACAAUUUUAUUUUUUUCUUGGCGGGAUGCGGGGUCAUAGCGGUCGGCCUCUGGACCAUUUUGACGAAGCACGAGUACAUCCCUCUGUUGACGAAUCUCACAUAUCCACUUGCUGCCUAUGUCCUGGUCAUCGCAGGAUGUCUCACGCUUAUCGGCGUCUUCAUCGGAUGCUGUUCCGUUCAGAAAGAAAAUAGAUGUUUCAUCAUACUGUAUACAUUUCUCCUCCUUCUGAUAUUCCUGAUCGAAGUGAUGGUUGGGAUGCUGUCAUACGUCUACAGGGACCAAGUUGAAGUAGAACUCAAACACAAUCUCAACGCUACCUUUGUAGAGAAUUAUGGAGUCUCGUUGAAAAUAACUUUAGCCAUUGAUAAAAUGCAACAAGAGUAUAAAUGCUGUGGUGCGACGAGUUUUGAAAACUGGCAAUACAGCAGGUGGAAGCUGGAGGGCAAUGUGACAAAUGAUGUUCCUGAUUCUUGUUGUAAAUCUAUGUCUUUUGGGUGCGGUGCUAGCAGCCAUCCGAGCAACAUCCCUUAUUCGGGGUGCAUUCAUAAGUUUUCGGAAGUGUUGAUGCAGCAACUUGUAAUAAUAUGUGCUGUUGGCCUGGGAUUAAGUGUGAUACCAAUAUUUGGCAUGUUACUCUCAUGCUUUUUAUAUUUCAAGCUUAAAGAUUCCGAUGAAUAAUAUUGUUACAACAAUUAUUUUCUUCAUCAUUUUAUGAGGGUUAUUUAUUUUACUAUUGAAAAAAUGCUAGAUUUUUGCUAAAUGUUCUUAGGUGUGGUGAAUAUUUAUAAAAAUGUAACUCACAUAACGUAUCAAAUUUUCUUUUUUACAAAGUUUUUGUUUAAUUUUUGACAUAUCGUAACAAUCAAUAUUAUCCUUUUCUUUUCACAUAUUUAUUUAGCCAAUAUGAAAUCAAGUUUUUCCUUUUUUUCAGCAUUAACUUAACUCUUUUUAUUCAUAAAAUUGCCUCAAACCAAAGAUUCAAGUGGAAGAACUUUUGUAAUGAUCUAGUACAACUUUGUGUAAAAAGAAUACUUUUGUACAUAUUUCCUAUUAAAUUAAAAAUAAAAAUGUUUAUAUUUGUUUUCUCUCUUAGAGAUGAUUCAAUUAUUUGAAUUUAUGUAAUUUAGUUUUAUGGUUUCGUUGUGGAACUGAAGAAUCUCUAGCUGCAUAAUUUUACAAUGUACUUAAUGCUUUUAUUUUUGUUUUUAUAUACAAUUGUCCAAUUAUUUAUGUCAAUAUGAUUUGUCUUCUACCUACAAUAAGGAAAAUUUCAAUAUAGUUGUUUUACGAUGAAAUUAUAUGAAUUAUAUUUUUUCUUGAAUGUC